GAAUGUCAAAAUCAAUUAGUCAACUGGGAUGUUUACACGAAUAAACUGCCGCACCUUUUAAUUACUGAUAGUUAUUUCUUUUAGUUUCAACAAUUAAUAAACAUUUUAUUAGAUAUGAGACCAACGUGAACAUUUAGUUAAAUUGUAAAUCAUAUAUCAGUUGAACUAUGGCUGGCAAUGAGAGAGUUUCAUUAAACGAUGCUCUAUCGAAUGUAGAAGUAUUAGAUGAGCUUCCUUUACCUGAUGAACAACCUUGUAUAGAAGCCCAACCAUGUUCUGUAGUGUAUCAAGCUAAUUUUGAUACAAACUUUGAAGAUAGGAAUGGAUUCGUUACAGGCAUAGCAAAAUAUAUAGAAGAGGCCACAGUACAUGCUAGUUUAAAUGAACUAUUAGAUGAAGGACAAGAACAUGCUGUUAUGCUUUAUACCUGGCGUUGCUGUUCUAGGGCAAUUCCACAGCCUAAAUCUAAUGAACAACCUAAUAGAGUUGAGAUCUAUGAAAAGACUGUUGAAGUGCUAGCACCUGAAGUGAAUAAACUAUUAAAUUUUAUGUAUUUCCAGAGAAAGGCAAUUGAAAGGUUUUCACAAGAAGUUAAAAGGUUAUGCCAUACAGAGAAAAGAAAAGAUUUUGUAUCUGAAGCAUAUUUACUAACACUGGGAAAAUUUAUUAAUAUGUUUGCUGUAUUGGAUGAACUGAAAAAUAUGAAAUCUAGUGUUAAAAAUGACUACUCAACUUAUAGAAGAGCUGCCCAAUUUUUGAAAGUAAUGUCAGAUUCACAAACUCUACAAGAAUCUCAGAAUCUUUCCAUGUUUUUGGCAACUCAAAAUAAAAUAAGAGAUACUGUUAAAGAAAACUUAGAAAAAAUAACUGGAUAUGAAGAGUUGCUUGCUGAUGUAGUGAAUAUCUGUGUACACAUGUUUGAAACAAAAAUGUACCUGACACCCAGUGAAAAACAUAUGUUGGUUAAAGUUAUGGGCUUUGGACUAUUUUUGAUGGAUAGUGAACUGUGCAAUAUUAAUAAACUUGAUACGAAGAAGAAAUUGAGACUUGACAAAAUUGAUAGAAUUUUUAAGAAUUUGGAAGUAGUUCCUUUAUUUGGUGAUAUGCAAAUUGCUCCAUUUAACUAUAUAAAAAGAAGCAAACACUUUGAUGCAAACAAAUGGCCUUUAUCAAACAGCAAUACACCAUCGCCACAAGCUGACCUUAUGGUCCAUCUUCCCCAAAUAAGAGAAGACCAUGUUAAAUACAUAAGUGAGUUAUCUAGAUAUAGUAAUGAAGUUACCACAACAUACAAAGAAUGUGGUAGUGAUACAGAAAAUAAAGAGACUGCAGAUUUGGCUUUGAGAGGCUUGCAGCUUCUAUCUGAAUGGACAAGUGUAGUAACUGAGUUGUACUCUUGGAAGUUAUUGCACCCUACUGAUCAUCAUCAAAAUAAGGAAUGUCCAAAGGAUGCAGAAGAGUAUGAAAGAGCUACUAGGUACAACUAUAGUGAAGAGGAAAAAUUCGCAUUGAUUGAAGUAAUUGCCAUGAUUAAAGGACUACAAGUAUUAAUGGCAAGAAUGGAAACUGUAUUUACAGAUGCUAUAAGACGUAAUAUUUAUGCUGAGUUGCAAGAUUUUGCACAACUUACUUUGAGAGAACCUCUAAGAAAAGCUAUAAAAAAUAAAAAAGAUUUGAUACGAAGUAUAAUUAUGUCUGUAAGAGAAACUUGUGCUGACUGGUCAAAACAAUUUGAUCCCAUUCAAGAUCAUGUAUUAAAAGGAAAAAAAGAUCCUGAUACAGGUUUCCAUAUCAAAGUUCCCAGAAGAAAUGUUGGACCAUCGUCUACACAACUAUAUAUGGUCAGGACAAUGUUAGAAUCAUUGAUAGCAGAUAAAUCUGGUGGUAAAAGAACUUUGCGCAAAGAUAUAGAUGGACAAUAUUUAAUGCAUAUAGAUUCGUUUCACAAAACUUCAUUCUACUGGAAUUACUUAUUGAGUUUUAGUGAAUAUUUGCAAAAGUGCUGUGAUUUGUCUCAGUUAUGGUAUAGGGAGUUUUACUUGGAGAUGACGAUGGGCAAAAGAAUUAAUAAAUGUACAGUACGCCAUAAUCACAACGAGGAAUGUAAUGAUUUGAUUACUAUGGAAAAAAGAAUACAAUUUCCCAUUGAUAUGUCAAUGCCUUGGAUUCUUACUGAUCAUAUUUUAAAAACUAAAGAACCGUCAAUGAUGGAGUAUGUCUUGUAUCCUUUAGACUUAUAUAAUGAUAGUGCUUUAUAUGCAUUAACAAUAUUCAGGAAACAGUUUUUAUAUGAUGAAGUAGAAGCUGAGGUAAACUUGUGCUUUGACCAGUUUGUUUAUAAACUAAGUGAACAAAUUUUUGCUUAUUAUAAACAAUUAGCAGCAAGUAUAUUCUUGGAUAAACGAUUCAGAGUAGAAUGUUCAGCAGUUGGUGCUUACUUAUUGCCAUACCCAAGAGCAAAUCGAUACGAAACUCUUCUGAAACAAAGACAUGUUCAACUAUUGGGUAGAUCCAUUGAUUUAAACAAAUUAAUAACUCAGAGAAUAAAUGCUGAUAUGCAAAAAUCUUUAGAUUUAGCAAUUAGUAAAUUUGAAGCAGGUGAUAUCACUGGAGUUAUAGAAUUGGAUGGACUAUUACAGGUCAAUCGGUUAUGCCACAAAUUAUUAAGUAAAUGGCUAGCUUUGGAUGAUUUUGAUUCAAUGUUCAGAGAAGCAAACCAUAAUGUCCUGGCUCCUUAUGGAAGAAUAACCCUACAUGUGUUUUGGGAGCUGAAUUACGAUUUUCUACCAAACUAUGUUUACAACGCAGCCACCAAUAGGUUUACUAAAUAUAGAGGUAUAUCAUUUGGUGCAGCUGUGUCUAGAGAUAGACCUCCACAAAUGUCUCAUCAUUAUCUGUGGGGAACAAAACAAUUGAACUUAGCUUAUACUACUCAGUAUUCACAAUAUUCAGGUUUUGUAGGUCCUCAACACUUCCACACAAUGUGCCGACUUCUGGGAUAUCAAGGUAUAGCUGUAGUAAUGGAAGAACUUCUCAAAAUAGUGAAAAGUCUCAUCCAAGGAAGUCUUCUUCAAUUUACAAAAACACUUAUGGAAGCAAUGCCAAAGAUUUGCAAACUCCCUAGAUAUGAUUAUGGUUCUCCAGGUGUUUUGGGUUACUAUCAAGCACAACUCAAUGAUAUUGUUCAAUAUCCUGAUGCUCGCACUGAACUAUUUCACAAUUUUAGGGAAUUUGGAAAUAUAAUUUUAUUUUGUUUAUUAAUGGAACAAGCUCUGUCACAGGAAGAAGUUUGUGAUCUUUUACAAGCUGCACCAUUCCAAAAUAUUCUUCCCAGACCGUUUUGUAAAGAGGGUGAAAAACUUGAAGCUAAACAGAAACGACUUGAAGCAAAGUACCAGGCAUUACAAAUAGUUCCUAAUAUAGAAAAACUAGGAACAGCAAAACAAGCCAUGAUAUCUCGCGAAGGGGACUUACUGACAAGAGAAAGACUUUGUUGUGGUUUAUCAAUAUUUGAAGUAGUUCUUAAAAGACUGAGAAGCUUUUUGGAUGAUCCUGUAUGGGUUGGACCUCCACCUACAAAUGGAGUCAUGAAUGUUGAUGAAUGUACUGAAUUUCAUAGACUAUGGUCAGCCUUACAGUUUGUUUACUGUAUUCCAGUUAGUGAAAAUGAAUAUACUGUUGAAGAGAUGUUUGGAGAGGGAUUACAUUGGGCAGGUUGUACUAUGAUAGUUCUUCUUGGCCAACAAAGAAGAUUUGAAGCAUUGGAUUUCUGUUAUCAUAUAUUACGAGUUCAAAGGGUAGAUAUGAAAGACGAAGUUGUUAAAAGAAUUAAUCUUAAAAGGAUGGUAGACAGGAUUCGACGUUUCCAGGUAUUGAACUCUCAGAUAUUCGCUAUUUUAAAUAAAUUUUUGAGAUCUGGAGAAAGUGAUGAAUUAUCUGUAGAACAUGUCAGAUGUUUUCCACCACCUAUACAUCCCUCCAUCAAUCCACAACAGCAUUAUCAUGCACCAGAGCAUCUGAGACAGUGUUGAUUACUUUUAAAAAGAACUUAUCCAAAAUAAUUUUUAUUGAAAUUACAAUAUUAAACAUUAUAUUUGGAAUGUUUGUAUUCUAUAAGAUGAAUAUUAAUUAGUAUUAAAAUUUCCAGAACUUUUUUAGAUACAGUUUAAUGAAACGCUUAAUGUGGAAAAUUUUAUACCUUGAAAUUCUUGCAUCAAAACUGUUUUAUACAAGUAGUUAAUACUAAAUCGAACUAAUUAAUAUAAAUUUCACUCUAAAAAUCAAUUUCUAUUAAAUUUUUUAUAUUCACUUUGAAAAAUUGUGAAAAACUAAUAUUUUUAUUUUAUUCAUAGUGUAAUUUAGCUACUUUAACUCCAUUAUAUAAUGAUAUAUAAUAGUAUUUCUAAUAGCAGAUCCAUGUACAUAAACAUUUUCCUUGUUUAUUAUAUAACCACAAAACUGUUGAUGCAAAAAAAAUCUCAUAUUGUUUUCUUUAUCCUAAAAAGAAUUCAACAUCUCUGUAGCAACAAUUAACUUCUUUUAGAAAAAAUAUUGUGUUUUUAUCACUAGCAUAUAUAGUAGUGUCUCUGUCUCUGUAUUAUUUAGCUGUCAUCUGAAAUUGUACUAAAACUAUGUAGAUAUUUUUAUAACUUAUUUUUUAAUUAAUUUUUAAGAAGAUGCCAGAAAAUCUAAAUAUGCUCCUGCAUUUGAAAAUUGACGGUAACUAAAAAGUUGAAAUUUGGGAUUUUGUUUCAUGAUGUAGGCAAUUCCACUAUUUUAUUACAAAAAUACAUUCCAUUUAUCAACUUUAAUCAUUUUAAUCAAAUUUUUUCUGUUGAGAAGUGUUAGUAACGAUGACUGUUCGCCAAAAUUGAUCUUAUUCGUUUUUACCCUAGGGCGAUAUAGGUCUUCUUUUGUUCUUAUGUCGCUCAAAAUCGUGCCAAUAUCCUAAACACAGUAAAUUGUGUCACAUCAACUUCAAAUUGUAACAAGUCUUGCUUACAAUUUUUGUGGUAUGAGCUCAUUUGAAAGAUUUCUAUUUUCACCGGCUAUUUUAAUUAACAAAAAUUGGGUAUUGCCUUGACCAACUGAAUAAAACUGAUAUCAGAAUCAUAAGAUUGUAUUUUUCGCAAUUUGUUUAACUUUUUCCAAUAUAGUAAGGAAUACAACUUUUUAUAUACUAACACAAAACUGUAAAUUUGAUUCGUAUAGAAUUAUUUCAUAUAAGUUGUAUUCACAUAGAUUGUAUUGGUAUAACAUCGAAUCCCGUUUAUUUUAUGUCGAUUUGAUUUAUAUAGAAUCGUUUCAUAUAAAUUGUCUCACAACAUUAAAAAAUAUUUUUAAGUAAUAUCUUUCAGACAUUGGUAUCAGUAUAAAUUUUUUUCAGACAUAUUUAGUUUUGAAAUAUAUAGGUUGAUAUUGUUGUGGGGUGGUUUGUAAUUAUAUUUUCGUUUAACUUUUUAAUUUAGUUUUAUUUCUGUAUAGCACGUUGACUGUUAUAUAAAAGGAUUUUUAUACUCAUAUGAAGUACAUAAUAUACAAGUACUUGCGAAGCGAAGAACUAAAACUACUUUGGAGCCCCAUUUUUGUCCAUAAAGAAACUUUCGGUAUUUUCAUUUUAUUUUGCACAUUUAUGUGGAUAAUCGCAAUGUUUGUCCGUUAUAAUACUAAAACUCAAAUCUUAGGUUAAUGAUAAAAACUGAUGAAUUUAUCAUAUUUUAAGUCCGCUCUUGAUUAAUUAAGAUUGAUAUCUAAAACUGUUUACACAUUCUUACUGAAUCCUAUGUCGACCACACUUCCAGUUAAGUUAGGAGAAUAUUUUUUAUAUUUCUCUUUAGUUUAAUUAUAUUUUUAAAUAAUUUUAUAUUGUGUAAAAACAAUAACGGGAAAUUUUGCUUUACUAACCUUUAAUAAUUCACUUUCUAAGUACAAAAGUUUAUUUAUUUAUAUUAUAUGAGUAAUAUGUUAGUUAUAUAAGUUUUUUUAUUUGUUAUUUAAUUAGAAGAAUGAAGUCAUCAUUAGCAACACGUUCUUAAAUUGAUUGUGAAAUUAGUGUAUAAUAUCAAAACACUUUGAAUAGUUGAAAAAACUAUCAAUUUUAGGAAAAUACUCAACUCAAUUAGACAACAGCAUAACAAUAUUUAAAAAAAUAAAUGUAGCUAAAUAUCACAAAAGGUAUAAAAAAUAUUUUAGUAGCACACUAUACAGUAUGAACCAAAAAUUAUAUUGUGUAUUUGCAUGAUGGAGUAGGUUUGUAAAUUAAUAUUACAGCUUUGUUGGAAAUAUGUUCUUAUUUUGUAUCUUUAUAUAACAUAAAAUUUUUAUUUUCCAUGAAUUUAUCCUUUAUAAAUAUGUAUUUACUUUAUUAUAUUAUAUAAUUAAA